UGAGCAAGGCGCCAGAGCUGGGUAGUGAACUGCCGUAAGCCUUUGGAUUAGGCUUCAUUUCUCCUGAAUGGGUUACGCAUUACAAAUCUCCAGCAUGAAGACUUUAGCAGCACUGUUAAUCUACUGUUCCCUGAGCCUCAUAGGAGCAUUACCUUUGAAAACUCCGACCUACUGUGACAGCGUAAAUGUGCGACAAGGUGCAGACCUAGCAAUUCAGAGGUACAACCAAAAUCUCAACUCGAGCAAUCAAUUUGCUCUUUACCAAAUCCUGGAGGCCAUGGAGGCUGAAAAUGGAAGUGAAUACUCUAUUAGCCUUGCCAUUAAAGAAUCCAACUGUCCUGUAGGGGGAGGCAAAGUCUGGACAGAAUGUGACCACCUUCCUGAUCAAAUUGGUAUAAUGCGCCAUUGCACAGCAAAUGUUUAUAUGGCACCUGUUUUGGAAGACUCCAAUGUUACCAUAUCUUGUGAUGUAUUUGUUGAAAAACCAAUCAUUCCAGAAAAAGCACAUUGUGUUGGAUGUCCAAUGGAUAUAGAUGCUAAUAACAAGGAUCUGGAUGAACCAUUGUUUCAUGCAAUCAAUAAGUUCAAUAAAGAAAACAAUUACUCCAAUUAUUUUAGAAUUUCUGAAGUUCACAAAGCUUCAACACAGGUGGUAGCAGGCAUAAAGUACAAAAUGAGUUUUUCAAUACACGAAACAAACUGUUCUAAAGCAGGCCAUCCUGAAAUACUUCCAGAAUGUGAAUCUGGAAAUACUAAUGAAGGCCAUUGUAAUGCAACAGUUGUCAUUGUUAGAUGGAUGAAAACAGUCCAUUCUGAGGUCGAAUGUGAUGUUCAUCCUGUUCAGGAGGUCUCACUUUUCAGAAGACCACCUGGAAUCACUCCUUUUCGAAGUGUUAUUAUGCCUGAAGACAUACUCACUGAAAAUGCAAACUCUGAAGCCCGGAAAUCUAACCUUUUGACUGCCCUUAAACGUUUUAAAAGAGAUGAACCGAAAGAGGUACAAAGCAUGGAAAAAUCAUCUGAGGAGUCAGAGGAGACCUCAGUUAAGCCUUCUGUCAUUGUGCCAGUAGUACCGAAUUUUGAUCCCAUAGGAUAUGGGCCAGAUCCAGCAGUUUUACCAUCAGCCUCAAACAGCCCAGCUUCUGGUCAUAAUCUAGAACCACUAGAACUUUCUCAGGAUCUUAAACCUGUGGUUCUCCCCUACAUGUUACACUGUCCUAGUAAGCCAUGGAAGAGAAUAGAACUUCCUGAUAAAAUAGAUCAACAACCUUCCAAAACUGGAGAUUUUCAAGAUGUAGACCUUUUGGGCUUUUAAUCAGAUGCUUGCAAAAUGCAGAAUAAAACUUGGUUGGAUGAGUAAUGAUGCAUACUUGAAUCCUUAUUACAUGCUUCCGUGAUCAAAAAGGGUAGUAAAAAGUUAAUAUACAAAUACAGUAUUUGAGAAAAAUUCAAGAUUUAAAUUAGGAAGGUCAUUACAUCAAGCAAUCUCAACAGCUCUUUACUGUCGCCUUCCAUCAUGUCAACAGUAAGUGAACAUGUUCAUCAAAGACAACAAUUGUUAAUGCAGUUUAUAAUAUGCUAGAAUAUGUGUAGUUGAAACUCAGUAGCCAGCAUACAUGUUUUUGGCAAAAUGUAUAUUAAGUUUUGUAGUAUAUCCAGCCUUUACAUUUUUGUUCUCUUCCAGAAAUGUGUAGCUGUUCAUUUAUUAAAAAUAAGUUAAGCAUAACUCUUACUGGCGGUAUGUUAGAAUGGUAUUUAAUAUAACAAAUCCCUGGCACGUUCAUCUGGUUUCUAAUAAACAUACCUAAAUAAGA